UCGCAUAGCUAAUAUAUAUAAUAUAUAGUAGCUUCUUAUAUUAGGCACAGCUCAUCAAAAUCUCCUUUAAGAAACACGUCGCUUUUUUUGUUUAUAAUUAAUUUGUUUUUAUGUUUGGAGCUAAAAACGAUGUUUCGGGACAGUGCAUGUCCAAUUUUAGAUAAGUUCCUGUAUUUUUGUUCCGCUUUUCCAAAGCAGAUGGCAGUUUUUUAGAUUCUCGGUAACCAAGUAUGUAAAGCUAUUGUUUAAACCUCCCCCGGCAAUUCAUACCCAUAUAAGGGAUGAAGGCUCUAUUAUGAGCCUGUUUGAUCGUAGGCUGGUGGAUCUAUCAAAAUAAGCUUCCAAACAUCUUUAGAAAGACAUUCCAAUCACAUUCAUACUGUUAGCUGUUAAAUAAAAUUAAAAAAGGAGGUGUUUCAAUGAAUAAUAAUGAAUUAAACACAUUCUCCUAUAGUGCACAAGGCAAAAUCGUAAUAAGAAAUAUUAUUGGGAUUAAUAAAUCUAUGAUUUUUUUCAAUAAAUAAAUGUGACCUAGAUCGAGAAAUCUAGAAUAUAUAAUUUAUGAAUGAAAGAAAAAGUGCGGGCUGCUAAUUUGAAGCCAGAUACCAUGCCCACUGCAGGUGAUCACGCCAGGCGAGCGCUGGUGGUGAGGAGAGGUAUACACUAGGCGUGUAGUGUCACAACCUAUCAUACAGGCAGUGGAGGGAAGGGGGAGAGAGUCAUGAAAAGAAUUAUAAGCAUCUAUGGGAGGGAGGGGAUGUAACAAAACGAACAUCCAAAUUAUGAAAAGAAGAGGGUCCUUGGAUGGGAAUUAAAAGAAAGAGACAGAGAAUACAUGUAGCCUAGUUGAAAAUAUCAUGUUUGUUAAAUUAUAAUAAUUAAUUUAUAGAUCUAUAAUUAUAUAGAUUUAUUUCUGUUUCUACACAUAAUAUAGGAUGAAACCAGACUUAUAUAGUUCAGAGGCCUUGCCAUCUUCUAUUAAAGAGUUCUUUAAACAUGAAGAAUUAGCAGAAAUUCCAGAAUAUGAGAAAUUGCAUCUUAGCAGCAUGAGACAAAACUUUGAAGCAUUGAAACAAGCAGGUCUGAAAGUAAAACCACCUGAGUUUAUGAUAAGAAAAAAAAUUCAUCCCAACCAUAAGAAAAUUGUAGAAGUUUCAGACUCUGAUAGCUCUGACUCAGAGUGGACACCAGAUCUAGAGAGAUCUCAAAAUGGAUCAGGCCAAAAAAAGAAACUGUUUCCAGUAUUUAUAUCUAAUAAAUCUACCGAAAAUGUCAAAUUUAAACAGGCGCCAAAAGCAGUGCCAAAAACCAGACAGACAAAGAAAGAAAGUGAAAGAGAGGAAGAAAUUCAUGCAUACCCAUUCAGGGAGUCUAGAAGCACAAGUUAUAUGUCUUUAGCUAUUCCUGAAGAUGAUGACUAUCUGUUUUGUGAAGAAUGUAACUUUGAGUACAUGGGGGACUGUCCAGAACAUGGUGGACUGAAUAUUGUCAGAGAUUCUGUGGUUCCUUCUGACUGUAAGCCAGGCCUAGAUGAAGACUACAGCAAGAAGACUUUACCAGAAGGAUUAAUCAUCAAACAGUCGAAAAUACCCAAUGCAGGUUUAGGUGUUUUUGCCACCCAGCUGUUUCCUUCAAGAACUAGAUUUGGACCAUAUUUAGGGAAAAUUGAAAAAUAUGAAGAGGAUGCUCAUGAGUCAGGUUAUAGUUGGCAGGUUUAUAAAGAUAGUAAUACUUCCCAUUUCGUCAAUGCAAGUGAUCCCACUAACUCUAACUGGAUGAGAUAUGUGAACUGUGCUAGAUCUGAAGAUGAGCAGUGUGUGACAGCCUAUCAACAUCAAGGACAGAUAUACUAUAGAUCUCAUAAGGAUAUUCACCCAGGCACAGAGAUUCUUGUUUAUUAUGGAGAUAGUUAUGCCAAAGAAUUGGGCAUCCAACUUCAAACUGUGGGAAACUGCAAGAAAUUAUUACAAGUUACAAAUAAUUUAAAAGGUAUUGUACGAUGCAGAUUCUGUCAAAUAUCAUUUAGCUGUUUUCAAUUUUACAUUGAAUCUCAUCUGAAGUAUAAACAUUCAGAACACUAUUGGAAACAUAGACAGCUAAGUGAGAACAAAGUCUUAACUGACAGAGUCAACAAAAUGCAAGGAGGUCUUUGUGAACAAGCCCAGAGUCAAUAUCAAGUUGGCUGCAGAGAGUCAGAAAGUCUUAGGCAGCUUCAAGAAAACUGUUAUGAGAAUGCAAAAUGUGACAUUUUAAAUAUAGGAGUGAAAUCAUAUGUUGGUGAUGUGUGUGGUAAAGAUUUUACACGAGUAGAUCAUUUGAAACAACAUAAACGUCUUCAUACAGGAGAAAAACCUUUUGCUUGUGAUGUGUGUGGUAAAGAUUUUACACAAUUAAGUAAUUUGAAACAACAUAAACGUCUUCAUACAGGAGAAAAACCUUUUGCUUGUGAUGUGUGUGGUAAAGAUUUUACACAAUUAAGUAAUUUGAAACAACAUAAACGUCUUCAUACAGGAGAAAAACCUUUUGCUUGUGAUGUGUGUGGUAAAGAUUUUACACAAUUAAGUAAUUUGAAACAACAUAAACGUCUUCAUACAGGAGAAAAACCUUUUGCUUGUGAUGUGUGUGGUAAAGAUUUUACACAAUUAGGUCAUUUGAAACAACAUAAACGUCUUCAUACAGGAGAAAAACCUUUUGCUUGUGAUGUGUGUGGUAAAGAUUUUACACAUGUAAGUAAUUUGAAACAACAUAAACGUCUUCAUACAGGAGAAAAACUCUCACAUAGUUAGUAACAGAAAACAGAAUAGAGAUUAUUACCUUACGUGAUUUUACCGAAAGUUUCAACAUGAACAUUAAAUAUAUGCAGUUAAACUAUUUCCAUGUGAAGUAUGCUGAACAUCGUCUACAGAUUUGUUAAUUAAAUUGUAUUAUAUGUCUACACGUUUGAUAAUAAAAAUUUAUUAUAAUAAUGAAA